UUUUUCUUUUAACAUUUUAUUCUGGUUUGGGUGAAAGUUUACAGAGCAGGGUAGUUUCCCAUUCAACAAUUUAUACUUCUGUUUCGCGACAUUAGUUGCGCUUUCCUCAAUGUGACAGCACUCUCCCCACUUCCUCAGAUUCCCCUAUUUCCGUUCACCCAUCUUUCCUGCCCCUUGCUUCCUUCUGAAAUUUUUUUUUUUUUUUUUUUUUGGAGGGAAAAUGCUGCUCUUUUGGUCUCACGGUUGAUUGCUCCGAGGAGCAUGUUUCUCAAGGGUGUUAUUGUUCACUCUAUAGGCUUGUCUAUUGUUUGGCUGAAAGGUGAUCUCCAGGAGUGGGUUCAGUUCCAGGUGUCUAAGGGCCAUAGUCUCGGGGGUUCCACCAGUCCUUAUCAGACCAAUAAGUGUGGUCCUUUUUACCAGUUUGAGUUUUGUUCCACAUUUUUUUCCCCCCACUCUAACCUGAACCUUCUAUUAUGAGCCUGGUUGGAGUGGGAGUGGUCAAUAGAGGUAGCCAGGCACCAUCUAGUUCUUCUGGUCUCGGGCUAGUGGAGGCUGUGGUUCGUUUGGGCCAUUAGUGCUUUGGACUAAUUGUUUGAUUCUUUGAUUUUUUUUUUUUUUUUUUGAUUCUUUGCUCUGCAUGGGAAGAGACCAAUAGUUUAACUUAGAUGGCUGCUCACAAGCUUUUAAGACCACAGUUGCUAUUUAACAAAGCAGGAUGUAAAACAUUGUCUUUAUAAACUCUGUUACGUCAGUUGACCUAGAUGUCCCCUGAGACUGGUCCUAAGCCCUCAAGCCUAGUGACUCAGUCCCUCAAGGUGUGUGUUUAUGGCUAAGAAGUUUUCAUAACUUUGUCCCCUGUGUGCACUACUCUAAACCAAAAAAAAAAACCAAACCCACUGCCGUCAAGCCGAUUCCGACUCAUAGCGACCCUAUAGGACAGAGUAGAACUGCCCCACAGAGUUUCCAAGGAGUGCCUGGUGGAUUCAAUCUGCUGAUCUCUUGGUUAGCAGCCGUAGCACUUAACCACUAUGCUACCAGGGUUUCCUGCGCUACUAUAUACGUGGAUGUAUUUGCAGCACAUACAGAUACAUACGUAGAACUAUCCUCUGCCAAACCUAUAUAUGCUGGUGGGUACACUCCCGUAUGCCAUCCCACACCUGUUCAGCUUACAUGUCUACCUGUGUAUCCACUCAUAAAUUAUUGUUAUUACGGUUAUUGCAGGAUCGUGUGUGUAAUAAUAUUUACUGUUGUCUUUUACACUUGAGCACCUCCCAGGGUAUUCCUUGGCCUGGUUAUGUUAUGCUGACCUCCCCCUUAUUGUGUGUUGCUUUUCUCUUCACCCAUGUUAAUAUGUGUCUACUAUCUAGUUAGUGAUUUUCCCUGCUUCCCCCAACCCAUUCCCAGUAACCAUCAAAGAAUGCUUUUUUCUGUAUGUAAAGCUUUUCUUGACUUUUUAAGAUAGUGGUCUUAUACAAUAUUUGUCCUUUGGUGAUUGACUUAUUUCACUCAGCAUAAUGUUCUCCAGGUUCAUCCAUGUUGUGAGAUGUUUCGCAGAUUCAUUGUUAUUCUUUAAUAUUUCUUAGUAUUCCAUCGUGUGUAUGUACCACAGUUUAUCCAUUCAGCCUUGGGUGCUUAAGUUGUUUCCAUCCUUCUGCUAUUGUGAAUAAUGCUGCGAUGAGUAUGGGUGUGCAUAUACCUAUUCAUGUCAUGGUUCUAAUUUCUCUAAGAUAUAUACCUAGGACUGGAAUUGCUAAGGAGCCCUGGUGUUACAGUGGUUCAGGCAUUCAGCUGCUAACCAAAAGGUUGGCGGUUCAAACCCACCAGCUGCUGUGUGGGAGAAAGAUGUGGCAAUCUGCUUCCAUAAAGAUUACAGCCCUGGAAACCCUAUGGGGCAUUUCUGUUCUGUCUGAAAGGGCCGUCAUGAGUCAGGAUCGACUUGGUUUUUUGGCUUUGGAAUUGCUGGAUCAUAUGGUAUCUCUGUUUCUGAGUUUUUAAGGAAGGGCCAUACCGUUCUCCACGGUGGUUGUACCAUUUUACAAUCCCACCAGCAGUGUACGAGAGUUCCAAUCUCCCCACACCCUCACUAGCAUAUGUUGUUUGCGGUUUUUUGAUCAGUGCUGUUAUUCCUGGGGUGAGAUGAUACUUCAUUGUUGUUUGGAUUUGCAUCUCUCUAAUGGCUAAUGAUUGUGACCAUCUCUUCAUGUAUUUGUUGGCUGUCUGAAUGUCUUUUUUGAUGAAGUGUCUUUCAUUUUCCUUUGCCCAUUUUUUAAUUGGAUUGUCCCUUUGUUGUUGAGGUGUUGAAGUUAGGUACUUGUUCUUUACACAUUGCUGAGUGACCUCACCCACUGAGGUAGUCAGGUAGCUGGCAGUGCCUCUGCCCUACCUGAGUGCCUAGUGCUACGAUAGUCACCCCAGGGUGCUCCCCAAGGGACAGGCCAUUCUUUCUGGAAUCACCUUGAGUGGCUUUUGGGGGUUCAAAGGCCUGAGCCUGAGCUCUGAGAGAUUGGCUUGUCAGGCCUCUCUGUAAUUCAAGCUUUAGGUUAUUUUGGUAGUUUUUCUCACUACCUAAGUACUGUGAAAGUUGGUUACAGCUCUGUCCUGAGAAACAUCAGACUCCUUGGGAGGUGGCAAGGGCCGGAGCUAUGCCUGUCUGUGCACCAGACCUGAAGGAGUUAGCAUUCGUUCUGCAGCCACAAAGGGCCUGGACUGCACCAGGUGCAGGGAAUAGGACCAGAACAAGAUGGGCAAAGGAGCCUGUGGUUUACUGGAAGGAGAAAUCACUAGACAAGAGUUCAAGAGGAGUGCUGCUAUGUUUAAUGGGAUGAUAACUUGGUCUGGGGCGUCAGGGAAGGCAUCCCUGGGAAAUAAGGAUAAUGAACAUAGGCCUUACUCUGGGCCAGUGCUGUCCGUGAGUUUAUACAGUCCUCCUUAUUUUACGGAUGAGGAACAUAACUCACAAAGCUGCUAGGUGGCAGAGUUGAGAUUCAAACCCACACAGGCUAGCGCUGGUAUAAGGCUCUUCACCUUUGCCCUCUGCUGCGCCUUGUGUCAGCUGUGACUUGGAGGGUGAGCAGGUUAAGGCAGGGAAGGUGGGACAUGGGGACAAGCCCUUUGAUGAGAGCCUGGAGGGUCUGAGCAGCUAAGAAGAGCAGCAUGGCUGGAGCAAAGAGAAUGAAGGGGAGAGGGAACAGGAGCCAGGUCACACAGGGCCCUGGGCCAGGAGUUGGGACUUCAUUUUCAGAUACUGAGGAGCUCUGAAGGGUUUUGAGCAGGGCAAUAAAAUGAUCAGAUUUGUGUUUGAAAAGAUCCCUGUGUUGGGAGAGCAAGGUGUAACUGGGGAAAUCGCUUAGGAUGUUGCUGGGGUGACUUGGAAUAGGGUGGUAGCAGUGGAAAUGGAGAGAUAUGGGAUCAUUAAUCCAGCAGAUCUUCACUGAGCACCUCCAACAUGCCAGGCACUGUUCUAGUUGCCAGGGAGACAACAGUGAUAAUAAAGUCUCUGCUUUCGUGGAGUUUAUAUCCGAGUGAGGGAAGACAGACAAUAAACAAGUACACGUCACAAAAACCAAACCCAUUGCCAUCGAGUUGAUUCUACUCAGCAACCCUAUAGGACAGAGUAGAACUGCCCAUAGGGUUUCCAAGGAGCAGUGGGUGGAUUCAAACUGCUGACCUUUUGUUUAGCAGCUGUAGCUCUUAGCCACUCUGCCACCAGGGCUCCAGAUAUAUGUCAGGUGAGAUAAACACAGUGAAAAAGAGUAAUUCAUGGGGAGGGGAUAGGAAUGGUCUGGAAGACCCUGAGUAACAGGACUUGAGCAGAGACCUGAAUAAUGGAGGGAGCGAACUGUGAUGGUAUCUGAGGGAGGAGGUGGAUUCCAGCCGGAGAGACCAGAAAGGACAAAGUCCCUGUGUGUUUGAGCAAGGAAUGGUGAUGGAGGCAGAGUGUGGAAGGAGGUGGAGACAGAGACGGGCCCAUAUAUACCCUCUUUCACCCUUUAGAUGGGUAAGUUCUCUGGGAGGUAGAAGUGACGGAUUCAAAGACGGAGGGGGAUAGAUCCGACUCCUGGUUUCUGGCUUAGGUAAUCAAAUGGUAAUAAGGCAGGUAACACUGCAGGGGGAUCCAGGUCAAUUAUGAUUUGGGUCUUAAGUGUCUGCAGGAGAUAUCCCAAUUGAGCAGUUGGAAAUAGUUACAAACCUGUGGAGAAAAGCCUGGGUUAGAGGAAGAGGAUCUGGGAGUUACUGGCCAAUAGGUGGUCACUGAAGCUGUGGGAGUGGGGGAAGGUACAGAGAGAAGAGACGAGGACCCAGGACCAAGCACUGCAGUAGCCCAACCCUUCAGGUUCGAUGAGACAAGGAAGACUUGUCAAAGGAGACUAAAACUCAGCAUCCAAUAAAACGAAAACCCUGCAAAGUCUGGAUCACAAAGCUAAAGAGAGUAUUUCAACAAGGAGGAAGUGGUCAACAGUGUCUGUUGACUGUGGAGGGUGGUGAAAUGUGUAGGAGCCACUGAUGAGCCAGGUGAGAGCAGUCAAAAGCCAGACUGGUUUGCUUUGAGGAGGAGUGGAGGUGAGAGAGGCAGGAAGAACAUACAUUCUUGCUUUAUCCACAUUCUUGCUUCGUCCUUAUGCUGUCUUGCAAAAUAGAUGCCGUGAUCCUCAUUUUGGGGAUGAGGAUACUAAGUUUCAGCGGGGGUAAGUAACAUGUCAAGACCACAAAACGAAUAAAAGGCAAAGCCAGAUUCAAAUCUGGGUGGUUUUCUGGCACUUUCACAGCAUUUGAUCAUAAUGUCAUAAGCAGCCAUGUCUCCCAUUUUGCCAUUGACAUUAACCCAGCUGUCCACCAGUCUGAAUAACUUCUUGGUAAUGCAUAAUUCUGGGACUGUCCAGGAGGAGGGAGGGCCAGGAAAUGGUGGCAGUAUGUGGGGAGAAACACCACAGCAUUCAAAGCCUGUAAAAGAGUUGCUAAGAUUAGAUUUUAACCAACCAACCUUGUUUCUUGGGACUUGUGUGAGGCCUGGUAGGUCCUGUUCUUUUCCAGUUCUUACCUCAGCUUGGGUGAUGGCUCAGCAGUGUCUGCCCAGAACUGUUAGGUAUCCUGGGGGUACACUUUUCACUUGAUAGGGAACUGCGCCUACCUCCCGCCUCAGGCCCUCAAGAGAAGAGGUGCAUAUGUGUUUUGUCCUCCCUGUUACCACCCCUGCCUCUUGCCACUUCUCCCUCUGCAGGUUGACUCAGCACUGGCCCAAGCUGAUCAUCAGGGAAAGGGGGCCAUCCAAGGAACACCUGUCUUGAGAAGGAUGAAGCCAUACUUCUCUCUGUUCUCUACUUCUCAGGAGCCCUGCUCCCUUUCUCACUCAGUAUUUGAUUUUUGAAUAAAUGAGUGAUACAAGAUCUUUUCACCAUUCCACUCCAAAAAAAAAAAAAAAAGUAGGCUCAAUAUCAUUAGUCAACAGGGAAUACAAAUUAAAAUCAGUGAAAUAUGCUGAUACAUCCAUCAGAAUGGUUAAUAUUAAAUGGACAGAGAAUAUAGAGUGUCAGCAAGGAUAUGAAGCAACUGGAACUUUUUAAAUGUGGGAAAGUAAACUGGUACAACCACUUAGGAAGACUACUUGUAAUAGCUACUUAAGCAAAAUAUAUACCUACUUUAUGACCCAGCGAAUCUGCUCCUGAGCAUAUAUACUCAAAGAAGUGCUUAUAUACACCAAAAGUCUUGUUCAAGAAUAUUCAUAGCAGCACUGUUCAUAAUAGCUCAAAACUGGAAACUAAUCCAAAUGUCCACCAACGGGUGAAUGGAUAAAUAAAACGAGUAAGAACUUCACGCAAUGAAGGAACAAGCUAUUGAUCCAGACAACACGAAUGAAUCUCAGAAAUAUACUGAACAAAAAAAAGCUAGAUGCAAUGAGUAUAUACUAUAGGUUUCCAUUUACAUGAAGUUCAAAUAUAGGCAAAACUUACUUAUGGUGAUAGCGGUUAGAAUAGUAGUUAUAUUGGGGGUACUGAAUGAGAUGAAGGAGUCUGUUUUGGGGCUGGGAAUAUUCUCUGUCAAUCUGGGUGUUGGUUACAUGGGUGUGUAUCUAAAAAUCUGAGUUAUACACUUAGGAUUUGUGAACAUUACUGUAUGUAAAUUAUGCCUCAAUUGAAAUAUAUAUACAUAUAUAUCCACACAGUCUUAUGCGCUGUUGAGUCAAUUUUGGACUCAUAGUGGCCCCGUGUGACAUAGUAGAACUGCCCCAUAGGUAUUCUAGGCUGUAGUCUUCACGGAAGCAGAUCUCCAGGUCUUUCUCUGCAGAGCCACUGGGCAGGUUCAAACUGUCAGCCAUUUCAUUAGUGGCUGAGCGCUUUACCAUUGUGCCACCAGGGCUCUCUCUCUCUAUAUAUAUAUAUACACACAGACAGACAUACACACACAAAAUAUAAGAACUUUGGCCACCCAGGAAUUAAGCUGAUUCCUGGGAGCCUGGUCUGCAGGGCUCUGCCAACCCUCUCUGUUACAAACACUGCACCAGGCCCCUGCCCGUGAUCUUGCCAGGUGAACAUGACUGCAGUCCAGACCCCAAACAGCCAGGCCCAAAGGAUAGGCAAGGCAAGGCCCUGUGCUUCCCUCUGUUCUCGCUCUUUGUCCUUCUGUCCUAAUUAGACCCAGGACUAAUAUUUAUCUUGCAGACUGCACACAGGAAAUGGGGGAGGGACAGGGAGCAGGGCUGGGCCCAGGGGCAGUAUAGGACCUGCAGCCACUCUAGGCUUGGACCAGGUAAGACAGGCAGGGAGAGAGGGAGGGGCCCUACCCCAGAGGCCCUGGGAUUUGGGCUGGCUUCUGUUCCGGGCAGGCAGCAGGUCCUGGGAGAUGAAAGAAAAUAGACCAAAGGCCCAAGAGGCCCUGGACCUGCUCCUCCCAGGUAACCACCACAUACAAACACACAUCCACAGCACCCCAGAUGGGAAAAAGGAGAAAUGGAACCUUCCAUCAGUGGUUGAGAGUCCGGGGCCCCUGUUGGGUGUCCCUGCCCCCAGCACAUCCCAGAAAGAGGUGGACAGCUUGUGUCUGGCCACAUUGUGGCCACACCCUUGUCUCCAUUUUCUUAUAUCUGCAUAUUGUGAUUCCACAAACCUCUCCGUCAGUUUACAUACAUUUAUCUACCAAUUAUUUAUGUAUUGACAUACAUUUACCAAUUAUUAACAAAAACCAAAUCUGUCGCUGUCAAGUCAAUUCUGACUCAUGGCUACCACACGUGUGUCAGAGUAGAGCUGUGCCCCAUAGGGUUUUCCAUGGCUAUGAUCUCUCAGAAGUAGAUAGCCAGACCUUUCUUCCUGGGAGCCAAUGGGUGGAUUCGAACCCCCAAUCUUUUGUUUAGUAGCCAAGCACAAACCAUUUGCACCACCUAGGGACCUUUACAUUUAUAAUCUCCUUUACUCCUCACACCAAGUUCUAUUACCAUCCCCAUUUUACAGAUGAGAAAACUGAGGCAUAUAGAGACUAAAGCAAUCAUUACCAUGUAUUAGCUUCAGGAAGAUCUUGGCCCAAGUUCACCUCAUGCCCCAGGGAGAGGAGGAGUGGGGGUUGGUGGUUACAGUGACCUUUCCUUUGUGGCUUCCUCUCAGACUGUCCAUCUCUGGUCCUAGGAGAACGUUUUCACCAGAUGGCGGGGGUGGGCAGGUGAACUAUCUAUCUGCUUGUCCCCACGGCCCUGAACCCAUGACCUCUCCUUCUCGGCCAAUUUCUUCAUGCUAGUUCAACAUUAACCCAGAGGGGUCAGGAUGAGCCUUCAGAGUCCCAGAGCAGACACACUAUGGCGCACGUCCGAGGCCCGCGCCUGCCUGGCUGCCUGGCCCUAGCUGCCCUGUUCAGCCUUGUGCACAGCCAGCAUGUGUUCCUGGCCCCUCAGCAAGCACUGUCGAUGCUCCAGCGGGUCCGCCGUGCCAACAGCGGCUUCCUGGAGGAGAUGCGCAAAGGUAACCUGGAGCGAGAGUGCGUGGAGGAGCAGUGCAGCUAUGAGGAGGCUUUCGAGGCCCUGGAGUCUCCCAGUGACACGGAAGCAUUCUGGGUCAAGUACACAGCUUGUGAGCCAGUGAGGACACCUCGAGAAAACCUCGUGGAAUGUCUGGAAGGGAACUGCGCUGUGGGUCUGGGCACAAACUACCAUGGGAACGUGAGCUUCACCCGGUCAGGCAUCGAGUGCCAGCUCUGGAGGAGUCGCUAUCCACAUAAACCUGAAAUCAACUUCACCGCCUACCACGAGGCCUACCUGAAGGAGAAUUUCUGCCGCAACCCAGAUAGCAGCACUACGGGGCCCUGGUGCUACACUACAGACCCCACCGUGCGGAGGGAAGAGUGCAGCAUCCCUGUGUGUGGCGGGGAGGGUGUCACUGUGGCACUGACCCCACGCUCCAGGGUGAAGCCCUCACCCCCAUCUGAGCUGUGUGUCCUGGAUCGUGGCCAGCAGUACCAGGGUAGCCUGGCGGUGACCACACAAGGCUCCCCCUGCCUGGCCUGGGCCAGCAGUGAGGCCAAGGCCCUGAGCAAGGACCUGGAUUUCAGCAAGUCAGUGCCUCUGGUGGAGAACUACUGCCGGAAUCCAGACGGGGACGCUGAGGGCGCGUGGUGCUAUGUGGCCGGGAAGCCUGGUGACUUUGAGUACUGCGACCUCAACUACUGCGAGGAACCCCUGGAGGAGGAGGCUGGAGACGGGUUGGACGAGGACCCCGACGCGUCCAUCCAAGGGCGCACCACCGCUGAGGAGUUCCAGAGCUUUUUCAACCCACGGACCUUCGGCGCCGGGGAGGCAGACUGUGGGCUGCGGCCUCUGUUUGAGAAGAAGUCGCUAGAGGACAAGAGGGAAAAGGAGCUGCUGGAUUCCUACAUCGCCGGGCGCAUCGUGGAGGGUUGGGAUGCGGAGCAAGGCAUCGCGCCCUGGCAGGUGAUGCUUUUCCGGAAGAGUCCCCAGGAGCUGCUGUGUGGGGCCAGCCUUAUCAGUGACCGCUGGAUCCUCACCGCAGCCCACUGCCUGCUGUACCCACCGUGGGACAAGAAUUUCACCGAGAACGACCUUUUGGUGCGCCUUGGCAAGCACUCCCGUACCAGGUAUGAGCGGAACUUUGAGAAGAUCUCCAUGCUGGAGAAGAUCUAUAUCCAUCCCAGGUACAACUGGAGGGACAACCUGGACCGGGACAUCGCCCUGCUGAAGCUCAAGAAGCCCAUCGCCUUCAGUAACUACAUUCACCCUGUGUGCCUGCCUGACAAGGAGACUGCAGCGAGAUUGCUCCAGGCUGGAUACAAAGGGCGGGUGACCGGCUGGGGCAACCUGAAGGAGACGUGGACGGCCAGCACUAGCGAGGUGCAGCCCAGUGUCCUGCAGGUGGUGCACCUGCCCAUCGUGGAGAGGCCAGUCUGCAAGGCGUCCACCCGCAUCCGCAUCACAGACAACAUGUUCUGUGCUGGUUUCAAGCCCAAUGAAGGGCAACGAGGGGAUGCUUGUGAAGGUGACAGUGGGGGACCCUUUGUCAUGAAGAGUCCCUUUAACAACCGCUGGUAUCAAAUGGGCAUCGUUUCGUGGGGUGAAGGCUGUGACCGGGAUGGGAAAUAUGGCUUCUACACACAUGUGUUCCGCCUGAAGAGGUGGAUACUGAAGGUUGUUGGUUGAUAGGUUUGAAAGUUAGGGGGCCACCCACAUUCUGGGCUCCUCACUGCAGAAUCGCAGAAACCAAUCCACUGAAGGAAUUAUUUUUGUGGUUUGUUUCUAAAACUAUAGUUCUCAAUAAAAGUGACUGUCUCAAUGAGCCUCAGUGCUCCUGGUGCUGUUCACGGGCAGCUCCCUGGACUGCGCUCAGGAAGACCCUGCAGUAAUGCUGGGUAAAAAGGACUUAAAGAACUCACCACCUCCAGGACAGGGCCAGGUGUAAGGGUAGCAGGCAGCUUGAAUUUGUGAGCACCUAAAAUGUCUGACUUGGGGCUUUAUCUCAUUUAAUCAUCACAAGGGGUAGGUACUCUCCUCACACGAGGUAGGUGAGUAAACUGAGGUUUGAAGAAAUACUUUGCCAAAGGUCACACAGCUAAGAAGGGGCAAAUUUAGGACUUGAAAUGUGAUCACAAGAUGCUGAGGCCUGUGCUUUUUCAGUAGCUCUGCUUUAAGGAGCUUGUCCUAUGACGAAAGAGGCAGGAAGACAGGUGUAGUGAGGGAUGGGUAGAUACAUCUUUUUCUUUACCUUAAAUUUUUCUAGUUAGUCCCUACAUUCUUCCUCGUGUCAUUAAAAUGAUGUCAGGUUUCUGCCACCAAAAAGGCUUAGUAUUUUAAAUGCCUUCAUCUUAGAAUAUUGUGGGAUAUAGUUGUUAGGAAGACGGGCCCUAGCAUCAGAUUGUCGGGGUUCAUACUCUGAUUCCAACCUUAAUGGAUAACCAUGGUCAAGUCACCUAACCUUCCUGACCUUAGUUUCCUUAUAUAGAGGAUAUAUAUAAUGACGCUACUUACCUCAUAAGGCUGCGUGGAUUAAAUGAGGUAAUUUACAUAAAUAUUUAGCACAAUGCCUAGCACCUCGUAAGCUGUCCAUAAGUCACUGCUGCUUUUACUCUCACUAUUGCCUGGCAUGGCGGAAGUUCCUCUGCCACUUACCACUUCCCUUCUCUAGGCCCUGCAAGUAGCAGAUUGUUGGGGUUGUCGUUUUUCAGAAUUCCUACUCACACAGCAGUUGUCAGACUUGAGCAAUUUGUUUUUAUAAGAAGUGGGAUCUAUCGGAUAUGUAAGUGGAUUCAUAAAGGGUUUGGACAAAUUUAAAACCUGUAAAAGUCAUAAAACUAUAAAGAUGCCCUUGCAGAGCCCAUUAUCCAUGGUUACUCUUGGCAGAGGUCACUGGUCAGGCGUGGAGCAUAGCUCCUACCCACUGUUGCCCUAAAACUACAGUUCUCAACUCAACAAACGUAGCUCUCCCCAUUAGAUGUAUUUAUGAUUCAAGGGGAGCUAGACACCAUAGCCUGCAACAGUUUCAACGUGUAUGAAAUGCUGAUCAACUGAUAAUAACCAUUUGGAGGUCUGUGUUGAGAAGUCUCAUGUCUGAGCUCAGAGGGAAGUAGUGAAGACUGAAUGCCUCGGGUAUGGGACGGGGGGUGAGCAUGCACACCAUGAGGUUACCAUUCUUGGUCUAGGAUCUUCAACAAUGUGCAUGGCUUCAAGGCGGAAGGGACCUAAGGCUGGCAGGUAACCUUGCCCCCUCCCCCUUUUUUUUCUUCGCUUUUUUAAUACAGCAGGGAAUACAGAAUUAGGACUGAGUUCCUGCACUCAUUCUUUGGUUCUGGCUGACCAAAAAGCAGGGUAAAAACUGGAAAUUCAGUGAACUUGCAGGACCUUGGCAGCCCAGAGCUUUAACCAGAGCAAGGGGGAAGAGCUGAAGAGUAAGUUGUGAUACCCAGAAUCUGCUUUUUAAACAAGGACACACAUUCUCACGAGAAUGCUUCCCUCCAAUGCAGCUGUCAGGGUUGGAAGCUCUGGGCACUGUUUUUUUCAAGUUAGUCGAGUUAUUUUCAGAGCCAAGCACAGCCACUCUUUCUUAAUAUGUCCUUCUACUACGGCACGGAACUCCAUCUUCCCUUCAGUAAACACAUACCCAGUACCACAUUCCCACUGUAACAGAGAGAGGAAAUUUAACUUCAGGCAGCAUAGGGGCCAUCUGAAAAUGAUGCCCGGUAUUCGUUUUCUGUCGGCCUUUCAUUUCUUGAACACCAGUUGAGUAAAAGGUGGGUUAGAAAAGUUUCUUUGAAAUUUAAUGAUUAUCCAAAAAGUCUUCCACCUGAAUCCAGAACCUCUUAAUCCUGGAGAGUUUUUGUGACUGUGGAGGGACGCCCUGUGGAAUUUAUUCCAGGUGAAGCCACAGUUCACUUUCUGGCCCCCAUGUGAAGCAACUGUCAGUCUGUACCAAAACAGACCCAGAAAAUCAAGCACGAAGCUCCUAAGCUCUCCCGUACUCCACUAGUCAAAUGUACCAAAUUGAGUUGCAGUAUGAGAGCCUCUGGAGUGCAGCCAAUCCCUGGGCAUGAUCUCAGGUGCACCUGAGCAGGAGAGUGAACAAUGCCUAGGAGCUCCUUGGAACCAUGGUGAUGACUGGAGGGAAGUCAUGACAAAACCUUAAAACAGGAUGAGGUUUCUCUGUACCACUUGGAGCUGGGAAAAGGCUUGACAGGUAUGUUUCUCCUAUUCCAAAAGAGUAAAGGACUGCUCCAGGUGCAUGAGCCAGGAAAAGGUGGUGCUCCUUAAGCAGUAACUAACCUUUCUCUACCCAGCUUGUUCCAAGAAAAGGUGACAGAAAGAGCUGCCUCUACAUUCCAAGAUACGGGACAUCCUGGGAGCCAAGGAUAGUUAAUG